UAUGACUACAACUACACCUGUAGCUACAACAACAACAAAGCUACUACAACAGCAGCUCCUACAACAACAACUACUACAACAGCUGCUCCAACAACUACAGCUUACAACAACAGAAGCUACAACAACAACAACAAUGAAACCAACUGAAAAAUCAAACAUUGGAAAGGUUACAAUCAAGAGAUUGGUACCAGCCAGUGAAAAGAAUGCUGGACAAUAUGAAACUGUUGCUGAUAAUGAAACACCACCAACUGGUGAUGAUAAUACAAUCAAAUUCACAAACACCAGUCCGCAUGGAUAA